AUGGAGGAAGUGGAUUCGCUGGAGCUGUUCUCGCUCGUGUCGCGAGUGACGAACGAGCUCCAGAACCAUCUGGGUAUUAACGACAAAACGCUAUCCGAAUUCGUGAUCGACCAGCAUCUCAAAUGCAAUGGAGACUUCCCCAAGUUCAAGGAUAACCUCGUCGAGAUGGGCGCCGAAUUCCCUCAGAGCUUGUUGGAGAGCGUCGACCGCCUUGUCCUGACGAUGCACCCGAAAUAUAAAGGGAAGCAAGAGGAGAAUGGCGAUUCGGCCCCGGCUGAGAAUGAUAUGCUUGAUGAGCUUGGUGCGCUGGAGCGCAAGUCCCGCGUUUUCAAGGGACUUGCUGUACCGGAUACAGGAAAGCGUUGGGAGGAGGAUGACUAUCUCGAUAGCGGAGCGAACGACGCGCAAGCCGGCGCCAUGGACGAUACAUUUGCUAUGCUGGAAGGAUUAGCUGGAAACAACUCGAAGGCCGACAAGCCACGCCCCUCGCGAGAUGAACGCAGCAGCCGAAAGCGCAGCCGCAGCCCCGACGACGAUUACAACCGUGGUCGCCGACACGGUGACAGAUACCGCUCCAGGUCACGAAGCGCAAAUAGGCGCAGCAAAAAUGAUGAUCUGGUGGACGAAUUCGGCCGAUCAAUCGGAAAAUACCGAGACCGAGAUGAUGGCCAUCGUAACGGCCACAGCGACAGGCGGCGACGACGCGAUCGCGAGCGAGACGACUACUUCGAUCAACCGCCGCCCAUGGAAGUGGAUGACCACCCGGUCCUUUUCAAGGUGUAUGAUGGAACUGUGACGGGUGUGAAGGACUUUGGUACCUUUGUGAAUUUGCAGGGAGUGAAAGGCAAAGUUGAUGGUCUCGUUCAUGUCUCCCAGAUGCAAGAAGGUGUUCGGGUCAACCACCCUUCUGACCUUGUGUCACGAGGCCAAUCUGUCAAGGUCAAGGUGGUCAAAAUCGAAGGCACUCGAAUUGGUUUGUCGAUGAAAGAAGUCGAUCAAGUCACAGGACGUGAUCUUGUUCCUCAACGUCGUUUGGCCUCAGGUGCCAAUAUGGAACGCCUUGAUGGCUCGUCUUCCGAUGAUAGGUACGGAAACAUCAGCUCUGAUGUACCCGUAAUUGAGUCCUCAGGCCGUCCAAUGAGGAAUCGAAAGCGAAUGACCUCACCAGAGCGGUGGGAAAUCCGACAGCUCAUCGCAUCUGGUGUUGCUUCAGCAGCCGACUACCCUGAACUCGAAGAGGAAUACCACUCCACUCUCACCGGAGAGGGUGCUUUCGAAGAAGAAGAAGAUGUCGAUAUUGAAGUCAAAGACGAGGAACCGCCUUUCCUGGCUGGCCAGACAAAGCAGUCCCUCGAGCUCUCUCCUAUCCGUGUCGUCAAGGCCCCUGAUGGUUCUAUGAACCGAGCCGCGAUGUCAGGCACAAACCUUGCCAAGGAAAGGCGUGAAUUGAAGCAACAAGAAGCGCAAGACAAAGCUGCCGAGCGGGCAGCUGAGGUUGAUCUCAAUGCUCAAUGGCAUGAUCCUAUGGUCGCAGCCGAGGAUCGCAAGUUCGCUUCUGAUCUGCGUAACACACAGCAGCAAGAUGAGGCGAUACCGGAGUGGAAGAGGGUCACUAUGGGCAAAAAUGCCUCAUUGGGCAAACGGACCGACAUGUCUAUCAAAGAGCAGCGCGAGAGCUUGCCCGUGUUUAAAUUCCGCAAGCAACUGCUAGAUGCUGUCAAGGAUAACCAGUUGAUGAUUGUUGUCGGAGAUACUGGAUCGGGAAAGACCACGCAGUUGACUCAGUAUCUAGCUGAAGCUGGCUAUGGAAACAAUGGCAUCAUUGGUUGCACCCAGCCGCGUCGUGUGGCUGCUAUGUCAGUUGCCAAACGUGUGUCUGAAGAGGUGGGUUGCCGACUAGGUGCAGAGGUUGGGUACACUAUCCGUUUCGAGGAUUGCACCAGCCCAGAAACCCAGAUCAAGUACAUGACCGACGGUAUGCUUCAACGAGAGAUUCUGCUGGAUCCGGAUCUCAAGAAGUACUCGGUGAUCAUGCUUGAUGAGGCACACGAGCGGACAAUUGCCACCGAUAUCUUGUUCGGACUAUUGAAGAAGACGGUCGAGCGAAGACCUGAUCUGAGACUCAUCGUCACAUCGGCCACUCUCGAUGCCGAGAAGUUCUCAGAGUACUUCAAUGGUUGUCCUAUCUUCUCUAUUCCGGGAAGAACUUUCCCCGUUGAGAUCAUGUAUUCGAAGGAGCCGGAGUCCGAUUAUUUGGACGCUGCCCUUAUCACUGUGAUGCAGAUCCACUUGACUGAAGCUGCCGGUGACAUCCUUGUCUUCCUCACAGGGCAAGAAGAAAUCGAUACGUCUUGUGAGAUCUUAUAUGAGCGAAUGAAGGCGUUGGGGCCUUCAGUUCCGGAACUGGUCAUUUUGCCCGUCUAUUCUGCGCUUCCCAGUGAAAUGCAAAGUCGCAUCUUCGAGCCUGCGCCCCCUGGUGGCCGGAAAGUUAUCAUUGCUACCAACAUUGCCGAAACCUCCAUUACAAUCGACAAUAUUUAUUAUGUCAUCGACCCCGGCUUUGUGAAGCAAAAUGCCUACGACCCUAAGCUCGGAAUGGACUCUCUGGUGGUCACUCCCGUCUCUCAAGCUCAGGCUAAGCAGCGUGCAGGACGUGCAGGACGUACAGGGCCCGGUAAAUGUUUUCGACUUUACACCGAAGCUGCGUAUCAAUCUGAAAUGCUUCCGACUACCAUUCCUGAAAUUCAGCGGCAGAACCUCUCCCACACUAUUCUUAUGCUCAAGGCCAUGGGCAUCAAUGAUCUCCUCCAUUUUGACUUCAUGGAUCCUCCGCCGACGAAUACUAUGUUGUCAGCUCUAGAGGAAUUAUAUGCAUUGUCUGCACUGGACGAUGAAGGCCUCUUGACCCGACUCGGUCGAAAGAUGGCCGAUUUUCCCAUGGAGCCCGCCUUGGCCAAGGUGCUCAUCGCUUCUGUCGACAUGGGUUGCUCCGAUGAAAUGCUUAGCAUUGUCGCCAUGCUUUCCAUCACUUCGGUAUUCUACCGUCCAAAGGAAAAGCAGCAACAAGCCGACCAGAAGAAGGCCAAGUUCCACGACCCGCAUGGAGAUCAUCUUACGCUUUUGAAUGUCUACAAUUCAUGGAAACACUCCAAAUUUAGCAAUGCGUGGUGUUUUGAGAAUUUCAUCCAGGCGCGACAAAUCCGCCGUGCACAAGACGUGCGACAGCAGCUCUUUGGCAUCAUGAAUCGCUAUCGCCAUAAGAUCGUCUCGUGCGGGCGAGACACAAUGAAAGUCCGACAAGCUCUCUGCACGGGCUUUUUUCGAAACGCUGCCCGCAAGGACCCUCAGGAAGGAUACAAGACCCUUGUCGAAGGCACACCUGUGUACAUGCACCCGAGUUCCGCGCUCUUUGGGAAACCGUCAGAGCACGUCAUCUACCACGAUCUGGUUCUCACCUCCAAAGAGUACAUGCAUUGCACCACGUCGAUCGAACCAAAAUGGCUGGUUGAAGCGGCGCCUACCUUUUUCAAGGUUGCGCCCACUGACCGUCUGUCUAAACGCAAAAAGGCCGAGCGCAUUCAGCCUCUGCACAACCGGUUUGCCGGUGAGGAUGACUGGCGUCUCUCGGCUCAACGACGACAGGGCAGGGGUGGUGGUGGUGGAACAUGGGGUUAG